GACAUGAGAAAUUUAUGGAGAAAUACAAGUAAGUCCUUUAUCCGGGAAAUAUCAGAUGAUAUUGGCAUAAUGAUCAUUUCUCCAUCAGGCCCUUCAUCGAUAUUGAAUUGUCUUUUAAAAGACUAAAAGAACAUGUUAUACAAACCAGAUGUAAUACUGUUUCUCUAACUCUGUGGGGAAUUACAGAGGUGAACAGCGAUAUCUCUCUCUUUCACUGUCUGAAUUAUGUGCAACAUGGACUUGUUAAUAAAUUUACAAAGGAAUUUGCAGCUUCUUCAGAUAUCGGUGGAGAUUGCGGUUGAUGGGAAAUGUAAAAUAUUUGUAAGAAAUAUUAUACAAGAACAAAAACAAGAAUUCUAUGUGUCUAUUGUGGUGAAAGAAGAAAGGUAAAGGAAAAUUAAUUAAUGUGAAGGACUUAUAAAAGGUUAAUUUUAAGUGAAGAUAUGCUGAAGGGGAUAGAAAAAUCACCAUUUUACUGUGAUAUCUGUGGUAAAUCAUUCUCUCAGAAACGGAACUUGAAUAGCCAUAAGUGUAAUCGGUCAGAGGAGAAGCCAUAUCACUGUGACACGUGUGGUAAGUCCUUCUCUCAAAAUGUUUAUCUCACUAUGCACAAGCGUAUUCAUACGGGUGAGAAGCCACAUCACUGUGAUAUCUGUGGUAAAUCAUUCUCUCAGAAAGGGAACUUAACAACUCACAAGCGUAUCCAUACAGGGGAGAAACCAUAUCACUGUGAUAUCUGCGGUAUAUCGUUCUCUCAAAACGUUUUUCUCACUAUCCACAAACGUGUUCAUACGGGAGAGAAGCCAUAUCGCUGUGAUAUCUGUGGUAAAUCUUUUUUUCAGAAUCACCACCUGACGUCUCAUAAAUACAUUCAUACCGGGGGAAAACCGAAUGAGUGUGAUAUCUGUGGUAAAUCGUUUUCACUUAUGCAUCUCCUAACGAAACACAAACGUAGCCAUACUGGAGAGAAGCCAUAUCAGUGUGAUAUCUGUGUUAAGUCAUUCUCUGAAAGUAGUAACUUAACUGCUCAUAAACGUAUUCAUACGGGAGAGAAACCAUAUCACUGUGAUAUCUGUGGGAAAUCAUUCUCUCACAGUAGCGAUUUGACUACUCAUAAACGUAUUCAUACUGGAGAGGAGCCGUAUCAUUGCGAUAUCUGUGGUAAAUCUUUCUCUCAGAAAACUAACCUCACUACACACAAACGUAUUCAUACGGGCGAGAAGCCAUACCAGUGUGAUAUCUGCGGAGAGUCAUUCUCUCAAAAUCGUAACGUGAUGUCUCAUAAAUUCGUUCAUUCAGGUGAAAAACCAAACCACUGCAACAUUUGUGUAAUUUGA